GUGUUUUUUGGCUUGUAUAUAUCAGAUUGUAGUGCAUCAGAAACUGUAUUAAACGAGUACAAACUAGAAAACACUCCACGGAAACUAGAUAAUUAUAUUGUGUUUAAAACCAUAAGGGUGGAGAUGUAAGAAGAUUCAUAGCUGAAGGGUAGAUGUAAUUAUCCAAACAAUAUGGUUUUUUUCGUAAUUUGACCAGAUUUUAGGGGUGGUUGUAAUCGACCUUUUUUUUUGGUCAGGCAAUACGGCGAGCAGUUUGUUUACAAUGAAAAAACCCAUCUAGUUUUGGUUUACUGAUCUCUUAAUUGAAUUUCAGGUCGUUUUUAUGGCCAGUACUAAUUUGCUCAUCACUAGGUAACUCGGUUUUCAUUAAUCUGGAAAUUAAACAAUUCAAAUUCUGUCGAUUUUAUGUCGUUAAUUUUCGUUCUUAUUUAUUAUACGUAGCAGGUGGUCUGUCUUAUAAAGGAUUACUUGAUUUAGGUGAAUGGUUAGAAGAAGAAGGGGAGAAGAAUAGAUUACAUGAAGAAAGAUUAGCGAAAGAGAUGACAGCUCAGGCGGAGUUUAAAGCAAAAACCGCUGAGGCGGAGCUUAAAGAAAAGAUAGCUCAGGCGGCGGAGUUUAAAGAAAAAAUCGCUCCGGCGGAGAUUAAUGAAAAGAUAAUUGAGAUGAAUAUGAAAGCUGCCGCCGAAGAAAGCGAGAGAGAGAUAGCUCUGGCGGAGCUUAAAGAAAAGAUAGCUCGUCAGGCGGAGUUUAAAAAAAAAAUAAUUGAGAUGAAUAUGAAAGCUGCCGCCGAAGAAAGAGAGAGAGAGAUAGCUCUGGCGGAGCUUAAAGAAAAGAUAGCUCAGGCGGAUUUAAAAAAAAAGUUAAUUGAGAUGAAUAUGAAAGCCGCCGCCGAAGAAAGAGAGAGAGAGAUAGCUCGGAUGAAGGUCAAAUUUGCCGAACAAAAAGCGGAGUUAGAAGCAAAUAAGUUGAAGCUUAUGGAGGUGAACGAGAGGCUCGAUAAGUUGGAUCGCGCGGCGAAGGAGCAAAGGGAAUAUUAUGAUGAUGUUGUUUAUUAUUCCAUUGCAGGGGUUUGUGUAGGGAUGGUAGUGAAGAUGGUAUAUAUAUUUUUGACCUAGAGUGGAAUAUUAAUUAGGGUAGUUACACAAUUUUCUUAAUUU